UGUCACUCGGGAGAGUUGGGGAACUGGGACAGGGUAAGGGUAGGGAGGUGGGAGGAAAGGGGCGUGUGCCAGUGCUGGCGCGCUUUCGGGAAGAGAGGUAGCUAGAGGGCUCGCGCAUUCCCAACUUUUUGGAGAGGGCUCGGGGCAGGGCAAGGUAGAAGGUCCGGACUGGGGAGGGGCACCAUGGCCGCGCUCCUGCUACCCCUGCUGCUGCUGUUGCCGCUACUUCUGCUGAAGCUGCUCCGGUGGCCCUGGCUCCGCUGGUUUCUGGCAGAUUUGGCCUUUACUGUGCGCGCUCUGAGAUGCAAGCGGGCCCUGAAAGCCCAGGCGGCCGCCGCCGCUGCAGCGGACCCCCAAGGGCCCGAGAGCGGCUGCAGCCUGGCCUGGCGUCUCUCGCAGCUGCUGCGGGAGUGUCCCGGGCACACCUUCCUCAUUCACCAGGACAGGCGCUACAGUUACGCGCAGGCGGAGCGCGAGAGCAACCGAGUUGCGCGUGCCUUUUUGCGCGUGCGAGGCUGGAAAGAAGACCCUAACCUGGACGGAAGGGACGGGGUGGGGGCCACGGAGAAGGGUGCACGUGACGCAGGGGACGCGGUUAGAAGGGAAGUCGAGCUUGCACCGAGCGAAGGCGACGAAGCUCGUCCCGAAGGAGGGAACGGGGCUCCCCUGGAGUCCGGCUCGGUGGUGGCGUUGCUCCUUCCCGCUAGCCCCGAGUUCUUAUGGCUUUGGUUCGGACUUGCUAAAGCGGGGCUGCAGGCUGCCUUUGUGCCCACCGCCCUGCGUCGGGGCCCCCUACUGCACUGUCUCCGGAGUUGUGGCGCUCGCGCCCUAGUUGUGGCGCCAGAGUUCCUGGAAUCCCUGGAGCCUGACCUUUCACAGCUGAGAGACUUGAAGCUCAAACUGUGGGCCUCGGGCCCCGGACCCCAUCCUCCGGGCUUCAGCAAUCUUCUGGCCCAGGCCGCUUCUGAAGGGGAAGGGCCGCUGCCGGGGUACUUGUCGGCUCCCAAAAACGUUCUGGACACUUGUCUGUACAUCUUCACCUCUGGAACCACGGGGCUCCCCAAGGCCGCUCGCAUCAGUCACCUGAAGGUUCUGCAGUGCCAGGGGUUCUACCGGCUGUGCGGCCUCCACCGAAGCGACGUGAUCUACCUCACCCUCCCGCUCUACCAUAUGUCGGGCUCUCUGCUGGGCAUCGUCGGCUGCCUGGGCAUCGGGGCCACCGUGGUGCUGAAGACCAAGUUCUCGGCCAGCCGGUUCUGGGAGGACUGUCGGGAGCACGGGGUGACAGUGUUCCAGUACAUCGGAGAGCUGUGCCGAUACCUCGUCAACCAGCCACCGAGUGAGGGGGAAAGGAAUCAUGGGGUACGGAUGGCUGUGGGCAGUGGGCUACGACCCGACGUCUGGGACCGUUUUGUGCGGAGAUUCGGGCCCCUGCGUGUCCUGGAGACGUACGGUCUGACAGAGGGCAACGUAGCCACCUUAAACUACAUCGGAUACCCAGGUGCUGUGGGGAGGUCAUCCUGGCUGUACAAGCUGUUUUCAGACUUCUCCUUGAUUCGGUAUGACGUGGCUUCUGGGGAACCUGUACGGGAUGACCAGGGGCUCUGUGUCCCUGUGCCUCCUGGUGAGGCAGGGCUGAUGGUGGCUCCGGUGAGCCAGAGAACCCCAUUUCUAGGCUAUGCAGGGAGCCCCGAGCUGACCCGGGGGAAGCUGGUGCAUGAUGUCUUCCGUCCUGGUGAUGUUUUCUUUAACACCGGGGAUUUGCUGGUGUGUGAUGCCCAUGACUUCCUAUACUUCCACGACCGAACUGGGGACACCUUCAGGUGGAAGGGGGAAAACGUAGCCACGACUGAAGUUGCCAGGGUCCUAGGAACGUUAGAUUUUCUGCAGGAUGUGAAUGUCUACGGCGUCACUGUGCCAGGACACGAAGGAAGGGCAGGCAUGGCAGCCUUGGUUCCACGCCCGCACCACAUCUUGGACCUCAACAGACUCUAUGCCUACACAGCUGAGUUUCUGCCGCCCUAUGCUCAGCCUCGAUUCCUUCGGGUCCAGGAGUCCUUGGACACCACAGAGACCUUCAAACAGCAGAAGGUUCGUCUGGCAAAGGAAGGGUUCGAUCCAAGCACGGUGCAGGUGCCACUCUAUAUACUGGACCAGACAGCGGGUGCCUAUGUGCCCCUCACAUCUGCCUUGUAUAACUCCCUCCUGGCCGGACAAGUCCGUAUUUGAGGGCCCCACUAGGCCCGAAGAGGGGGUCCGAGAAGGAAAAGGGGGAAAGGGGAAAGGGAAGGGGAAUAGAGCCUCAGAGGAUUUUAGGUUUGUUUUUUUUUGUUUUUUUAUUACAGUGGGUUUUUAAUCAGUAUUUUGUAAUAAAUGGAGUUGAGAAUUCA